AUGGAUCAAGAGAAUCCCUUUGAAAACAAAGACGUCCGCGACAGUCUUCUGCAAGAAGGCUUUUCAAUGGAUGACUACAUGGCCUUAUACAACUAUGUUCAUGACCGUGAAAACCAAGCUACUGCUGCUUCUAUGCAUGAGGGUAUCAUGUCUGACCAGGAACCGGCAGAAUGCAUGGAUGGAUACCAAGCCCAGAACCCAGAAGCUGAAAACCAAGAUCGUGGGGAAGUGAAAGGUGACCGCAUGGUCACGGAUAACGUCUCGUUUGACUUCGGCGAUUUGCUGAACCUCGAAGAUGCCCCUGCGCAGAUGUACGACGCAGAUCUUGCUCCAAAACAUCAGCAUCCACACCCACAUGCGCACAACAAUUUCCAAGAUACUCAUACUCCAUCCGCUUCUGAAAUGAUUCGUUCUCCUAUCAUGCCACAGGGUGCUAUUCCGGCUGUCAAUACGCCAUGCCCAGUUGCUACUGAAGGAAGUGAGCAUGCAGUUAUGAAACAUUCUCCAGCCGAUUAUAACGCAAAUAUGGGCGUUGAUGCAUCGCCAAAUCAGCCUUUUCCCCCUGAAUUUAAAGAUCCCCGAAUUCGACAGACGCCCCCUUUCCAACCACACCAUAGCCAACUUAAUGCCAACUCCGAAAAAACUCAAGUUGGGCAAAUUCAUAGUAUCCCACCAGCAAUCUCCAACUAUUCCGGUGCUCAGGUUCCCUCAACCCCAGCUUCCAACUUGGCCUCUACUAAUAUGGUAGAUACCACUUCUGUCAUUGUGGAAGAAGCUUGUGCCCAAGAAGCCCAGAAAAAACCAGGGCGCAAAGCCGGGAGAGCAAAAGGAAAGUCUCCUACUGUCGAGCCCAAGGAUGAGAGAGCCAAUUUACGAGACAGUGAUGAACCAAUCGUUUUACAAUUUUCUUCUUCACAAGAAGCCAACGACUAUCGCCCGGAUAGGAAAAUUAUGCCAGUCGAUCCUACCGUUCCAUGCACAGUUGGGCAGAAGAAGGAAUGUGUCGUCCAACUUAUCAGAGCCAUGAAAAGUGUCGAGCAUGCCACAGAUAACUGGGGUAUGAUUAAGCCCUUCGCGAACCGGAAAUUUAGCGACCGCAAAAUCGAAGUAUGCUGCUGGAACAUUUUGGACUGUUGCGUUGUUCGGCAAGCAGUAGGACCAUUCCUCACGCCUGAGGAAGAAUCAUUGAAAAACAAGACCAAGAAGAAUAAGCAAAACUUUGCUGAGCGCUUUGCAGAUAUGAUCAAUAUCUUAAGGGUUCGCAAGACUGUCUGCCGCCAUCUACUGGAUCCUUACUAUCUGCUUCAGUUUGUAGAUGACCCAAGUUCCUGUUUGAGCCGUGUUGAUUCCAACAAAACUCUCAAUGCUAAGAAAAAGCAGGCUAUCGACUUAGGUAAAAAGGUUAUGGCCAAAGGGACAGCUGGUGAUGAUGAUGUGACUGCAGCAGAUGAGCCCGCACCUCAACUGGCAAGCCCAUUCACCACCCCGAAACCUGAAACCCAUACGACAUGCACUAGUUCUCGUGAUCCAUACAUGGAUAGAAACAUUGUUUCCAGCAUUGAAACUCCACAAGGCUCCCAAUUUCCACCCAACUUACCUCAAGCAAACUUGCAGGCAGCUCAUAUGGCGAGCUUGCAACCAGGGUCAUCUAGGCAGCAACCCAUUCUAGGUCCAUCAAUGGCCUAUUCCUCUCACCCAAUGAACAGUUUUGGCACUGGACCAUCCAUUGGGUACUCCCAGGGGCAUGCAUAUAACUCCGGCCGUGGAGCGGUUGGAAAUAUGGGCUACUACAACAUGGGCACGACUAUGAAUGCGCCUCAAGUCAACAUCUCUCCCACACCAAGGUCACCAUGGAAUCAGAUGUAUUCCAACGCUAUUCCGUCGGCACAGUAUCUCAUGCCCCCAAGAACCCCAAAUAUGCCAUCAUUGACAUCUCAAUUCCCCACCCCUCCUGUUUCUGGGAGAGCAGCUUCUCCAACCCAAGCUAAGCCUGCGCGCAAGAAGUCUGGCAAAAGAUCGGCAGAUGGCUCUGAUGAGUCAGAAAGCCCAAAGAAGAAAGGACGCCAUUAA